CCGCGUUAAGUUUUUAAACAUUUUUUAAGUGGUCAAAUUAAAUGAAAUGCGACUGACAGGGAUUAUCUUGGUACUUUGCCUGCUUUUCAAAACGUACAUCUCUUUUCCCGUACUGGAAUUAAUAUCGUUUUUGCCGUACAACGGCUCCAAUCCAGACGUCGUGUUUUCUACAGCCGCCAUUAAUUUGACGAUGGAAAGGCUGUCCUGGCUGAAUGAGUCGACGGACGGUAUCAGUGUUCACUUUGCCUGGUUGUAUAACGCGUCAAGUACGACGUGCGAAGAAAUUGCCGGAGACGCUGUAAACAUGGUUGCAGAACAUUUCUAUGAGCACCAUAAACCGGGUCGCUGCUCGGCGUUAAUUGGUUCAAAAUGUGGACUGACAGAUGUCUCACCUUUGGCCAGCGAGUGGAAUGUUCCUUUGUUCGACAUUCUUGUUAAUGACAAAGUGUACCUGAAUCCAGCUGAUUACCCAACGGUUGUGAUACCAACGGAUGGCUACAACCACUUGGUGGUCAUCAUCGUAAAACUCCUCAGCAUCGGACGCUGGGAUAGAGCCUGUUUGCUGUUUGAUAAGUCGGUUGGCAGUACAACGGCUACUUACUACUGGGAACUGUUCAGAACAUUCAUUGCGAUGGAUUCCGUAAUCAAAAUGGAACGCAAGGUUGUCAUUGAUGUCUUUGACUAUUCCAAGGAAGUGGAAAUCAAUCGCAGUCUUGCUAUUUGUCGCAGUCGUAAUAUUCAAGCGAUUCUGAUCAUAUCCGACACAAACACAACCAUUCGAAUUAUGAAUCAUGCUUUUGACCUUGGUAUGGGAGAUGGCGAUACGGUAUGA